CCAGCUGUACAUCACAACAGAGACCCUUUAUGCACUGAUGAAUGAACUGCUCUCUGCGGACCAAUUGCUAGCACAGACCAUGCCACCAGGCACCACUUUCCUAACGUCUACCUAUGAUGCCCUGGAUACCGAUCCUACAGAGAGAGGUGUCUUGCUAGCUGCCCUCGUGCUUAUCGCGCCUUCCGCUGGAAAAGGGGCGAAGGGAGGCAAAGAAGUACUUUAAUCCAAUGACGGCGUCGCCGUCGACGAAGGAUAGGGGCGUGCGAACGAGAGUAAGAUGCGAGCUAAUCGAAGUACUUAGCCGCCCAAUCGCAAGACAAGAACCUUAUCUCCGCUCCUAACACCCUAUUUCACGUCGUAAAGGCAAUUGUUUAUUUCUCUCAAGAAUUAAAUAAUCAAGUUUUGCUGCACUGUUUUCCUUCUAAGAGUCAAAUCAAACGUUGUGGUCUCUGAGGUGAGUGUUGGGCCUAUAAAUCUACAACUCAAACAGGGCAAUCUCCGCUCAAAGCCAUCAGGCAACCUGUAUUUCGCUUUUCUUUGACAAGUGACUCAUUGUGUAAUUGUAUUGUGUUCAGCUUCGUAUAGUGUGGUGUAUCUGUCGUGCUGAGUCCUGGUGGUGAUGCGGGUGGCCGUCUCCUCUAGUCGAUGCUGGAUAGGGCGCGCUCCUAAAACAACAAUAAACAGAAGGCAGUGUGGACUGCGUCGGUCGGCCAACUCGAGGUUCACUCUGAAACUUGAACAACCAACAGGUGAUCAGGCCGUGGUAUUGAUGCGUCGAGCGAAGCCAACUGACCGUUAUGGGCUCUCCACGCGCAGCCCUAGCCCAAGCUGUUCGGCGAAGCUCUCGUCUCUGUGGCAACGUCAGUCAGACUCCUACAAUCAAAAGAAAGAUGAUUAUCGAGUCGGCGAUACACUCGAGCUAAGCACCACCUUGAACGCAGGAGAGUCUGGCUCGGCCUGGCUAUCAGAUUUACAGUUGAGUUUCCGGAGUGGUCGGCUUGAGGGUUCCGAAGGAUGACCGGUGCUCGAAUGAAGCCGUACCUGCUUCGUGGUUUCCUGAUGACUCUUCACCCGGCGCGAUAUGGUUCUCCCCA